AUGGUCGCCAUUCAAGUCACCAAGGAGACCUAUGGAGCAAUUAAGGAAAAUCUACGGAACCACGCACUGACAAUAAUGAUAUUUUCCACGAACAUGAUCGGCUUGAAAUUGCAAUAUUCUUCUCAUGCUCAGCGCUUCAAGUCAUUUUUAGUAACAACACCCCACGGGCCACAUGUGUUCUCUGCCUCCGCACUCGUCCCCCACAGAAGCACUCCAUUCCAUCAAUCUAUGAUGCCUAUCAAAUGGGAAUCGAAGCCCUUCUGA